CCGUUACUCCUCGGCCAGGACAGAACACUGAUCUCACAUCGUUCUUCCACAAACACGCAUUCAAUAUGGAUUCCGAUGUCGUUGUUAUUGGAGCUGGACUUAGCGGUCUUAGUGCUGCAAAAUGGCUAUCCGAAUCAAAUGUCAAAGUUAUUCUUUUAGAAGCUCGAGACCGUGUUGGUGGGAGAACUCUUACAAAAAGGGAUCCAAAAGUCAAUUACGUUGACAUUGGAGGUGCAUACGUUGGGCCAACUCAGAAUCACCUGCUGCGCAUGGCGAAAGAAUUUGGAGUGGAAACUUACAAAGUUAAUGAAGUUGAAGAUCUAUUGCACUACAAAAAUGGCCGAAGGAAACGUUUCCGCGCAACUGAGAUGCCGGUUUUUCGAAAUCCGUUUGUCAACAUGGACUUGAACAACAUCUUUUAUUUGAUGGACAAAAUGGGAGAAGAGAUACCUGAAGAUGGUCCAUGGCUAGCACCACAUGCUGAAGAAUGGGAUACCAUGACCUUCGGAGAUUUUUUAAAACAAAACUGCUGGACUCAAGCUACAAUCGAUUUCUUCAAAAACUUUAUCAACAUCAUCAUUACUUCUGAGCCUUACGAAGCUUCUCUUCUAAGUUUUUUGUGGUACAUUAAACAAUGUGGUGGAACCAGAAGAACUUUUUCGACAACAAAUGGUGGACAGGAGAGGAAAUUUAAAGGAGGAUCUCAACAAAUUAGUGAAAAAAUGGCUGCAAAGUUAGGAAGUGACAUUGUUAUCAUGAAUAGUCCUGUAGUAUCCAUAAAUCAGGAAUCUAAGGAUGUAGUUGUGGUGAAGACUCUGAAUGGUAAAGAUUAUAAGACCAAAUAUGUUAUCCUCGCUAUUCCUCCCAUCUUGCAAAUGAAGAUCCAUUUUACUCCUGAUUUGCCAGCUCUUCGGAACCAACUUAACCAAAGACAACCGAUUGGAUCUGUUAUGAAGACUAUUUUGUACUAUAACUCGACGUUUUGGAGAGACCAUGGACUUUGUGGAUCUCUUCUCGUCGAAGGUGGGGAAGAACAUCCUAUGUUUCUUACCCUCGAUGACACUAAGCCGGAUGGGACUCAUCCAGCAAUAAUUGGAUUUAUUCUGGCAGACAAAUGCCGUAAACUGCAUCUCUUAAGUCCUGAAGAGCGUCGUAAUCUACUAGCCAAAAGUUUGGCCCAAGCAACCGGACUAAAAGAAUUCCUAAAACCUAUCCAUUACGAAGAGAAAAACUGGAUGGAGGAACAAUACUCUGGUGGUUGUUACACUGCUAUGUGUCCACCUGGAUUUCUUACUAGAUAUGGAAGGAUUUUGCGAACCCCAAUAGACAGACUUCAUUUUGCUGGUACUGAGACUGCAACUCUGUGGUCUGGUUAUAUGGAUGGGGCAAUUCAAGCGGGUGAGCGUGCAGCACGAGAAGUUUUGCAUAACAUGGGCUUGAUAACAGCAGAUCGUAUUUGGCAGACAGAACCUCAAUCUCAAGACGUUGUCCCACAGCCAUUUCAUGUAACAUUUUCUGAAAGAUAUACACCCUCUAUACCAAGAUUUUUGAAGUUCGUUUCAUUUUCAACUGUUAUUGGAGCAGCAACUGUUCUUUUCCUGAGGUGUCCUCGAUUAAUGAAAAACUUAAAAGUUUGAUGAAACAUACUAGUCUAUGAAUUUUUCCAGUCAAAGGGAAGUUUUAAUUUAAAACUCAAAAAUAAACAAUACCGAAAUUUA